AGUUCAACUGUUAAAAGCAGUUAAAACGGUUCCUUCAAAAACAGCCAAAUUUGGUCAAAAGUAUCCCAGAUUUUAUUAACCCGCCGAGCGCAAUCGUAGAUAAUAGAUUGGAGACUGACUUUCCCAUCUGGCAACCUUGAGCGAGGGGCGGGAGACUUUAGAGAAGAGGCCGCUUGUUGACUUGUGUCGCUUCCUAGCUAGCUAGCUAGCUAGCUAACUGAGCAACAAGUGGACAAGUUACCCGAAUAGAACCUCGAUGGUGCCACCGUCACUCCACUCGUACGGUCGUAGCCCGCAAACCGGGACAACAUUUCUCCCAUUUCAACCGCGGGAACUUCUAUUCCUUUUCAAGUUAUGUUGACGAAAUAGAGCAACGGGAUAAAGUUGCUCGUCGGGGGUGGGGUGUCUCGGGGGACGCGACAUGGGGAACUGCAGUGUUGGGCCUCCAUAAAGCAGGCACAUUUGAAGCAACGCGGCAGGAAUAUGUACGUGGCGACGUUUUGGAGCGUAUUCGCCGGAAGACCAAUUCAUUUCAAGCGACAUAGAAGGUGAAGAGUGAGCUGUCAAAGUCGUCUGGACUGCAGCUGUUGGCCUACGGGGAAGCUAGCCGCCAACUAGCAGGAGAGCUGCACCGCUGGCGGCUCAUCUUGUCAAAUGUUGUUACAUUGCUGAUGGCCUCCCAGCAAGCCAUGGAUGCGAUGCCGGACACGUGCCCUGAGGCGGUGCAGAACCACAACGGGAAUGCUCAUCGGGAGUUUUCAGACACAAACCCAGCCAAUUACGGCACCACUGGCGCAACUGUUCUGAGGCUUCAUUUCUAUCACAGCGACCAGGGAGAGUCCGACUGCAAAUUCCUGGGCUACACUGCUGGCGAUUACAUAGCUGAGGAACUGUGCAUUGAUGCCGCCAAAGCGUGCAGUAUAUCGCCUCUUUACUGCAGCCUCUUUGGCCUCUUCAGGGAGCGAGACUGCCUAUGGUUUUCGCCCAACCACAUUUUCCAACUGGACGAAUCUGCCUCCGAAGAUUUGUUUUUUCGAAUAAGGUUUUACUACCCUGGCUGGUACAGCGGUGGGGCGUCCCGGGCCUUCCGAUACGGCGUCACUAAAGGAUCCGAAAGUCCUGUUCUGGAUGAUUAUGUCAUGUCGUACCUCUUUGAUCAGUGGAGGAAUGAUUUUAUCACUGGUGCGGUGAAGAUUUCCAAUUCCCACGAGACCCAAGAGGAGUGCCUGGGCAUGGCCGUAUUGGACAUGACGCGCACCGCCAAGGAGAAGCAGAUGUCGCCGCUUGACAUCUACCACGCUAUAAGCUACAAGUCGUUCCUGCCAAAGGACAUGCGCCUGCACAUCGAGGAUUGCAGCUUCCUGACGCGCAAGCGCAUCCGGUUCCGUUUCAAACGCUUCGUGCAGCAGUUCAGCCAGUACCGCACCACCGCGCGAGAUCUCAAGCUCAAGUACCUGAUCAGCAUGGAGUCGCUGGAGAAGGCCUUCUACACUGAGACCUUCCGGGUCCGUGAGGCGGCCGGCGGUCCGCUGGUCCUGCUGGUGGCGGCCGACACUGGCAUCCAGUGGUGUCGCGACAAGCUCAAAGAUUCACAACAGGAGCUGCAGACGCUGUGCGACUUUCCAGAGGUUGUUGAUAUCAGCGUCAAACAUACCAAUAAAGAAGCCGCCUCAGACAGCCGCCUCGUUGUUAUCAACAAGCAGGAUGGCAAGAACCUGGAAUUGGAAUUUCCAGGUCUUUCUGAAGCGCUAUCCUUUGUGUCCCUCAUCGACGGCCACUACCGGCUGACGGCGGACGCGCAUCACUACCUUUGCAAAGACGUGGCACCCCCUAGGCUGGUGGAGUCCAUCGCCUGUCAUUGCCACGGCCCGGUUUCGAUGGAGUUUGCCAUUAAUCGACUCCAGAGAUGCCCCAACAAGCGAGGCUUGUACAUAUUAAGGUGCAGCCCCAAGGACUUCAACAAGUACUUUCUGACGUUCCCUGUUGAGGUGUAUGACUCAUUCGAGUACAAGCACUGCCAGAUUACCAGAUCCUCCAGUGGCGAAUUCAACCUCAGCGGAACCAAGAGAAACUUCAGCAGACUAAAGGAUCUCCUGGGUUACUACCAAAAGGAAACUGUGCGCUCCGACAGCUUCGUUUUCCAGUUCGCCAAGUGCUGUGCCCCAAAAUCCAAAGAAAAGUCCAGUCUGCUGAUUUGCCGGCGGAACAAGGUUUCUGAGGUGCCUCCCUCGCCAUCACUGCACCGACCCAACGUUAGCCAGAUGGUCUUUCACACCAUCAAGAAGGAAGAUUUGGAGUUUACUGAGAGUCUCGGCCAAGGGACAUUUACCAAAAUCUUCAAAGGCGUGCGCAAGGAGCUUGGUGAUUAUGGAGAGGUGCACCAAACUGAAGUGGUCAUGAAAGUGCUGGACCAAGCCCACAGGAACUACUCAGAGUCUUUCUUUGAAGCAGCCAGCAUGAUGAGUCAGCUAUCACACAAGCACUUGGUGCUCAACUACGGCGUGUGCGUGUGUGGCGAGGAGAAUAUCAUGGUGCAGGAGUAUGUGAAGUUUGGCUCUCUGGACACCUACUUGAAGAAGAAGAAGAACUCGCUGAACAUCUUGUGGAAGCUGGAUGUGGCCAAGCAGCUGGCCUGGGCCAUGAACUUCCUGGAAGAUAAGCAACUGGUCCACGGAAACGUGUGCGCCAAAAACGUGCUCCUGAUCCGAGAGGAGGACCGGCGGGUCGGGAACCCGCCCUUCAUCAAGUUAAGUGACCCUGGCGUUGGCAUUGCUGUCCUGCCUAAAGAUGUUUUGAUCGAGAGGAUCCCUUGGGUCGCCCCCGAGUGCAUCGAGGACCCUGCUAAUCAGAGCCUGGCGGCAGACAAGUGGAGCUACGGCGUCACGCUGUGGGAACUCUGCAGCGGUGGCGAAAGGCCCUUAGCGGCGUUGGAUGACUCCAAGAAAAGACUGUUUUACGAGGACCGGCACCAUCUUCCCGCACCAAAGUGGAUCGAGCUGGCCAAUCUGAUCAUCAGCUGCACCGACUAUGAGCCGACAUCCCGACCGACGUUUCGUGCCGUCAUCCGAGACCUGAACAGCCUCUUCACGCCAGACUACGAGCUGAUCGUGGACGGCGACAUCCUGCCCAGCCGGACGGCGUCUGCCUGGAUGACGGGAGGCUUCGAGAGUCGGGAGCCGGCCCAGUUUGAAGAGAGGCACCUCAUAUUUUUACAGCAGCUCGGAAAAGGUAACUUUGGCAGUGUGGAGAUGUGCCGCUAUGACCCCCUGCAGGACAACACGGGCGAGGUGGUGGCGGUGAAAAAGCUUCAACACAGCACAGCAGAGCAUAUUCGCGACUUCGAACGCGAGAUCGACAUCCUCAAGUCUCUGCAACACGACAACAUUGUCAAAUACAAAGGCGUCUGCUACAGUGCUGGCCGAUGCAAUUUGCGGCUGAUCAUGGAAUACCUUCCCUUUGGAAGCUUGCGAGACUACCUGGUGAAAAACAAGGAGAGAAUGGACCACAGGAAGCUGAUGCGCUACACUUCACAGAUCUGCAAGGGCAUGGAAUACCUGUCCAGCAAGCGCUACAUUCAUCGCGAUUUGGCCACGCGCAACAUCCUAGUGGAAAGCGAGCAACGGGUGAAGAUUGGCGACUUCGGCUUGACCAAAGUUCUCCCUCAGGACAAGGAAUACUACAUGGUCAAGGAGCCCGGAGAGAGCCCCAUCUUUUGGUACGCUCCCGAGUCGUUGGGGGAAAGCAGGUUCUCCGUGGCGUCGGACGUUUGGAGCUUCGGAGUGGUGAUCUACGAGCUAUUCACCCACAGCGAGAAGAAUUGCAGCCCUCCAGCCAUAUUCAUGUCGAUGAUGGGCAACGAUAAGCAGGGCCAGUUGAUCGUGUACCACCUAAUGGAGCUCCUCAAGUCGGGCAGCAGGCUGCCGCAGCCCGUCCUCUGUCCGACCGAGAUGUACGAGAUCAUGGUGGAGUGCUGGGACAAUCAAUCCGGCCUGCGUCCGUCUUUCAACGAGCUGGGCCUGCGUAUUGACCUGCUCCGGGAUGCUGAUUAAGCGGACAGCCCGCCGGAGACGGGCGGAAAGGAAAACUGAUGACUCGUCCAAAAUACAGACGCUUAAAUAUUUUCUUUGUUGCCAGAUUCUGGACUAAGAAGACUUUAUUUCAACAUGUAAGCACAUCGUUCCUCUGCGUGCGCUAGCUGGGCUAGCCACCACUACGUGUUUCUCCACCUGGCUGGCAUUAUGUUUCACCGCCACUGACUGAGCUAAACGUCCAAUCCAUUCAUCCAAAUGGACUGGAUGUCCAGCGCCGUCAAUAGCAGCCAAUGAGUUCAAUGUAAAUGUAUAGACACGAACCGUAUAAAGUUGUGUACAUAAAUACAGAUUUUUUUUUUUCUUAUUCUAAUAUACUGGUGCCAUGUAUUGCUUUGGGGUAAAUUAUUGUCUUUUAUUGCUUCUAGGAGUGAAACAAACAAGCAUACUCAGCAUAUUUGUCAGGAAGACCAAGCAACCUUUACAAAAAUGCAUUAAAGUGCACUGAUGCCUUUGCCCCUACUAGCUUAGUACUUCUGAAGGCAUGCAGCUUGAUGGUGGAGGGGAAGCGCAAGGUCAUUUGGCUCCAGCAACCUGAGAAACAUCGGUACGUGUGACCAUAAAUAUCAUUUUUUUAAGCCACCGGGGUCAUACUUGUCACCUGUAGACUUCUUAAAGUGCCUGUGACAGCAUAAAAAAAAUCUGAAAUAGCAUUAUUAUGUGAAUUAGAAUUAUAUUUUGAGACGAUUCGACUAUAUACAAUAAUUUGACAAAGCCCACAUGACGAGAAAUUAGUCUUUUAAUCUGCCGUCUAGCCCUUGCCUGUCAUAAUAGGGCUCGAGCGUCGCCAGCUGGAGCAUGACGUCAGCAGGGUCACGAUUUCAUCUGAUUUAGAAUUCGGCCCAUUGAGGGGGAAUUAUUCAGAACAAGGAAAAUGCGACGAAGAGAGCAGCAAAAUGUCAUUGUUUCAGUCUCUCCAAUAUUUUUACAGGAUAUUCUUUUUAUCUAAGUAUUUUUCCCCACUUGUUAAAUAAAUGGUAUGGUCAUGACAAAUAACAUUCUUGUGCAAAAUGGAAUAUGAAGUAUUAAAAAUAAAUUUAUUUAGUACGACAUGGCAAAAUUACUCCAUAAUGGUCAAAACUGUCGACUUCCUUGCACCUCCCGAACGAUGUUUUAUGCUACCAGAGUUGGUCCGGCUUUUGUCAUUUCCCUCCCCUGGAUACGGAGACAAACCAGGAUGCAUGAAAAUUAGCCGACAUGCUAACACGAACUGAGCGGCGUUUCCAAGUCUUAUACUCGCCUUUCCAAGUGAAAAAUCACACAAAACUAACCCGGAUUAUAUCACACGGUGGCGGGGUUGUCGAUUGUCUUCACAGAUGGGCAACUCCCCCGGCGGCGAGCGAGUUACAGCUCGUCGUCGCCCUGCUGUGGGCAGGAGAGCUCGUUUGCUAGGGGAAGCAGCUGGAGAAUGACCACCGGACAAACCGGCCGACGUCACAGGAGCGCGUAGCUGCCCGAGCCCAACCCAAGGAUAGUGGUCUAUUGCCGGGCGCACAGAGAGGAUAGAGGGGGAUAGAGGUCUGGAUGAUAUGGAGAACCGCACGAGCAUAAGCCGAGUAUAGUGCUCUCCCGGCGGGCACGCGAAGAGGACCGAGGGGUGUGUGCGACAAGCCGCCGGUCGUCAGCCGAGUGGCAUUCUCUGUGGACAUGGAGCAUUGUCGGCCACAAAAUGCAAGCCAUCUCCAUAUUAAAACGUGUGCCAUCAUCCCAGUAUUUGACAUAAUACAAAACACGAUGUUUACUCGCUUCCUCGUAAGUCCAAUGGUCCCACAGUUGUUGGACUUGUUUUGGCCAAUCUCGGGAUGAACGGGAACUUUUUAAAACCCAAAAAGGCUCACACGCCUCUCCCUGGUGCAGCAACAAAACCCUGCAGUACAUUUGGCUGACGUGAUACGAAAAAUAAACUAAUUAAUCCACAAAAUCGGCUGAAUCCGCAGUCCAUCUGCAUGUUAUAAAGCAAUGCUGUAUUGUGAAAUGCUGACCCUUGUGAUCCUCAACCCGAGACUGGAGCCAGAAGUCACUCAUUUUCAUGGCAAAUAAAACAUUUAAUAAAUAAAGCAAUCGCUUCCACACACAUUCAAGCGGUCCAUUUCAUUCAGGAGCAUAAAAUACUGCGUGAAAUAUGAAAUAAGCAUGCUUUUUGCUGUCAUAGGCAUUUUAAACUAAUGUUACAAAAAUAAGGCAAGGAUAUGCAAAUACAUCGUGCACUAGUACUACAAGUAUGUGUACAUAAACGACAAGUACUCGUACUUGUAUGGACUUGUACUACAAGUAGGUGUUCUUGAGUAUAUUUGUAGUACAAGGACGUACUUAUGCUACAAGUGUGUGUACUUAUCCAAAGUGGUUUACUUACGUGUACUUUAACUACAGGCAAGUGCUUGUACUACAAGUAUGUAUGUGCACUUGCAUGUACUUGUACAAAGUUGUGUACUUUCAUGUACUUUCUUUUACAAUCAAUCAAUGCACUUUAUUAAUCCCUUGGGAGGGUUCCCUCACGGAAAUUAGUUUUCCAGCGCUCAUAACAACAAGUACAUAUCCUACAAAAACGUGUACAAGUUUGUGUACUUGCGUAUACUUGUACUACAAGUAUGUGUAGUACGUGUACUGCAGCCUUGUAAUUCAACUACUACUGGCCGGGUCUGUGUCGUCUAUGGAGGCGGGCUUCGGCCCCACAUGCCUCAUUAAUGGAUUGAAAACACUUCUCUUUGCUCACUCAAAUGAAGAACAAACAUACUCAGAUGGCAAUAAAAAAAGCAUGUCAUGUCACAGCAUAUUGCAUCGCCAAAAUCAAGGAAGCCAAAGUUUUAACACACAAUCGUGGCAAUAAAAUGCAUCCGGCUAGAAAAAGGACUGACCUUAUUUUGAUUUACCGUUUGAUGAAUAGAUAUUUUGCAUAUCAGGACAGCGUCGAUUUAUUGUAUAUUCACGUAGUGAAAUGAUCAGCCAACAGAAAGACAUUUAAAACAUGAGUCUCAUUUAAUAAUUUGGUUUUCUUAGCAAAAAAAAAAAAAAAAAAAAAAAUGGAGGUUAGGUAGUAACCAUUGAAACACAUGGCAGUAGUCCAGUUGUACUGUGUUUGGAGGUACGUGAAAGGUCUCAAACUUAAGGAAGACUAUAUCAAAUUGAGAUGAUAAAACAAUGAAAUGAAGCAGGCUAAUACAAGAUCAUGUUAUCUUAGGAGCAAAAACAAGGGAAGGUCAAGGCAGCAACAAGGGAGGCACAAGGAAAAAAACAAUUGUCGUUCUGGACAAAUGUCAAAGUUGUUGGGUGCGAUGGAUUUUGUUUUUCAAAGACAAAAACUGUUGCACCUUUGGUCCCUUUGAAUAUGGAAGCGUAUUGCUGCCACAUACAAAAUAAAAACCUCACGUAUCACAUUUUUACAUGAUAAGAUGUUUAUGUGAUAAUCUGAUAGCACAUUUUUACAAGAGUUUUUAUGACAUCGCACGUUUUUACAUAAUAGGUUUUAACAUGAUAGCUGGCACAUUUUAAUUUCAUAUUUGUUUUUACGUCGUUAGCACGUUUUUACAUAUUAGAAUUUUUACGUUACGUAUUGACAUAAUACAAUCCCAUUUUUACAUGCGAAUCACAUUUGUACCACAUAUCCCGUUUUAACAUGAUAGCUAGUUUUUGCAUAGUUAGCACAUUUUAAAGUUGUUUUUACAUUAUAUUGUCACAUUUUUACAUGUCAAUGAUCACAUUUUCACAUGGUAGUUAUCACAUUUCAACAUGUUAACUAUCCCGGAUCACAUGAGUUAUCACGUUUUUGCAUGAUGACCCAAUUUUUAUGUUGAUUUUACAUGAUCACUUUUUCACAUGCUAACAAUCACAAUGUUACGUGAUAGUUACCCCGUUAUAACAUAGUUGUCACAUUUAAACAUGCUAGUUAUCAUGUUUUUACACAAUAGGAUCACCUUUUUACAAGCUAAUCACAUUUUCACGU